GUCAGCUGCAGUCCCGAGGAUUUUGUUAUUGCCCGAGAAGCUGAUUUUUCCUCAUUGUAUCGUACCACAACAGACUCCAAAUUUCCGCUCUUUUAUUCUGUUGUCAAUAAUUUUUUAUCUUCCUUUAGACUUCGUUUGUUUGCUUUAGCUCCACUAUGUCUUCAGAGGAGUUUGAAAAGCUGCAUGAGAUGUAUAAAUCUCUGUAUGACGAAGUGAAGUUGAUGCCUGAACGGGUGCAGAGGAGCCAGGGAGAGGAAAGGAAGAGGAUUAUCAGGGACUUUGAUGAGCGUGUUUCAGAGGCUGAAGAAGUGCUUCAGGGUAUGGACCAGGAGCUGUUUGGUGCUCCAUCAUCCUUCCGAACCCCCAUGUCAACAAAAAUUCGACUGUACAGACGAGAUCUGGCCAAACUGCAGAGAGACAUACGGCUCUCAGCAACACCAGGGCUUUCAGGUCAGCUCGGAGAUAGCAGACUCGGUGUUUAUGCCUCACAGAAUGAUCAGAGUACUCAUCUUCAGUCGCAGCGUGCUUUGCUAAUCCAGGGGACAGAGUCUCUAAAUAAUGCGUCAAAAAGUAUUGAGCGAAGCCAGCGGAUUGCGGCAGAGACCGACCACAUUGGCACAGACAUCAUCGAGGAGCUCGGAGAGCAAAGAGAGCAGCUGGACCGCACCAGAGAUAGAUUGGUUAACACUGGAGAGAACCUGAGCCGGAGCAGGAAGAUCCUGCGCGCAAUGUCCAGACGGAUCGUGACGAACAAACUGCUCCUCUCCAUCAUCAUCAUCAUGGAGGUGGCCAUCUUGGGGGGAGUGGUGUACUUGAAGUUCUUUCGCAAGUAGGCAAUGAGAUACACAAGACUCUCUCCCUUUUCUUCUUCCCGAUGUUCACGGAUGUCUGACCUGGCAACAAUGUGCUGGAUGCUUUUGUGACUGUUAGUGUCACAUGGACUUGUAUGAGGGGUUAUAUUUAGUGCUAAACUUUAUAAGCAUAAGCACCUCUCUCAGGGUGAGAAGAAGACGGUCACCAUUGUGUAUUGACUUCUGGAGGACUUGUGUUAACAGGAGAAACUGUGUUACUUCCUCCUUAGCUGCCUUCAACAAGGUGCCAAGGUGAUCUGGUGGGUGGAUGAAUGGUGUAAAUGAUGAAGCGUCCAGUGAAAUGAGUGGAAAAAGAACAUAUACAGUAUAUUAUAUACAUCCUUUUACAGGCCUUGAUCACUUCACAGGAUGGUUCACUCCAAAAUUAUGUAAUUCUGUAAUAAUUUAUUGACUUUUUAUGUCAAUCCAAAACAUUUUUCCUAUACUGUGAAAGUUUUGGAUGGUAUUGAACUUCAUUGCACUGCUAAAAACAUUCAUCUUAAUAUUUUCUACUGUAUUCUAUUGAUGAAAAUAGAUUGAAGGAAGUCUUAAUUCAUUGGGGAUGCAUGUAUGUAACAUAUUUUGGAGUGAAUCAUCCCUUUAAUACUGAACUUUUAAGUAAAUGAUCAGAAUUACAUUGUGUAUUCAUUUAGGUUUGGUUUUGAGGUGGCAUUAAAGGUAACAUCUCUUUGUUUUUGUUCAUGAAA